AUGCGCAAUUCCACGGAUCUCUCAUUAGAGGGAUCACAGCCGGCUAGUCGCGAGGCUAUAGCCGCGGAUGGACUUCCUGUUUCUGCUGAAUCAGGACUGACUCAAGAUAUUCUUGUGUCCCGCACGUCGGUCCGGCCAAAAACCUGCAAUCAAGGGACUGGGAGGUGCAAGGGAGGCGGUUUGGAGUCGCCUCCAACAAAUAAGCUCCAUAUGUCCACUCUGAGAGCACAAACGUUAUCCCCUAAACAGAAAGCCUGGUACGGUGGCGCCAGGAAAGACGGAGAUGUAGGAGUCAUAGGCCACCGAAACGGAAAAGGACAAGGAUGGCGAUCUGUAUUUAUAACGCACGUACGAGACCGAGACGAGACGAAGCCAUUUUCUUAUGAAAGUGGAGAAGAGCUGCUCAUAGGAACACGCGACAGUAGAGCUGUAGAUGGAGCUGGCGUUUUCGUCAACAGGAGUGUGGCAAAGAACAUCGACUCUUUCGAACUCACGACCCAAAUCGGACGUUUGUGGAUGAGAAGAUGUGGUUUAACGCCACCUUUGACAAUCUUCGUCGCUUAUGCUCCAACAUCAAGCUACGAAGAAGAAGCUUGCUACAUGGACCCGGAGAUAUUCUACAGAGAGGAUCAUACCUUCUAG